AUGGCGGAAUCUGUUGUUCCCGAAGCUAUCUUCAUAGGUGCUAACAAACAAACUCAAGUUAGUGAUCUACACAACGAUAAAAAAAUCGUUGCAUUUGGUGCAGGCAAAACUAUUGCGUUAUGGAGUCCCAUUGAGCUUAACCAUCAAGGUGUUUACUCAACUUUGAAAAGUCAUGAAGCAGAAGUCACAUGUGUGAAGUUUAUCCCAGAGACAGAAUUUAUGGUAUCCGCAUCUGAAGAUCAUCAUGUCAAGAUUUGGAAAUUCAUCGAUGACUCUCAUUUACAAUGUGUUCAAACCAUAAAACACUAUUCAAAGACAAUCGUGGCAUUGACCGCUUUGCCAAACAUCAUUGCUGUCGGUUCUGCUGAUGGUACCGUCACUUUAUGGACACAGAACACACAAACCGAUCAGUUCAGUUUUGGUCAAGAAAUUAGCAUAAAAAAAGGAUUUUUCUAUCCAUUAUGUUUAUCAUUGUCUAGGGUAGAAAAGAACAAGUACUUGCUUGCCAUCGGUGGUACCAAUGUACACGUAUUUAUUGCCUCUUUCAUUCUAAAGAAUGCGGACAUCGAAAACUGUCAAAUUGUUGCAGAAUUAGAAGGCCAUGAAGACUGGAUUAAAUCAUUGGCCUUUCGUCACCAAGAAACCCCAGGAGACUAUUUAUUAUGUUCUGGGUCCCAAGACCGUUAUAUCAGAUUGUGGAGAGUUAGGGUUAAUGAUUUAAUUGAUGACUCAGAGGAAAAUUCAUCGAAGUUGACCUUACUAAGUAAUAAACAAUAUAAAUUCCAUAUUGACGAUGAUUUGAGAGUUGGUAUUGAUUUUGAAGCAUUGAUUAUGGGACAUGAUGACUGGAUUUCAUCUCUCCAGUGGCACGAAUCUCGCUUACAACUACUAGCCGCCACGGCUGACACUUCACUAAUGGUAUGGGAGCCUGACGAGACCUCAGGUAUUUGGGUAUGUGGUCUGAGAUUGGGUGAAAUAUCCUCGAAAGGUGCCUCGACCGCCACUGGUUCUUCCGGUGGGUUUUGGUCCUGUAUAUGGUUUACUCAUGAAGGAAUGGAUUACUUUUUGACUAACGGUAAGACUGGGUCUUGGAGAAUGUGGUGUACUAAGGAUAACAUAAUCUGUGACCAAAAGUUAGGUACAUCGGGCGCUACGAAGGACGUGACGGAUGUCGCUUGGUCUCCCAGCGGUGAGUACCUAUUGGCAACUUCUCUGGACCAGACAGCAAGAUUGUACGCACCAUGGGUGUAUAACGCUAACGGACAGAAAAGAGAUGUUACCACUUGGCAUGAGUUUUCUAGGCCCCAAAUACAUGGUUAUGAUAUGAUUUGUGUUGAGCCAGUCACUAAUACACGAUUUGUAAGUGGUGGCGAUGAAAAAAUUCUAAGGUCUUUUGAUUUACCUAAAGGUGUGGCUGGAAUGUUGCAGAAGUUUGUUGGUGUUCAGUUUGGUCAAGAAAAUGAAAUGCCUGAGUCUGCCACUGUGCCUGUUUUAGGUUUAUCUAAUAAAGCCGGAGAGGAUGACGCUAAUAAUGACGAUGAUGAUGACGAUGAUGACGAAGGUAGUGGCAAUAAAGAGUCGGAUGUUAUCGAUCCUUUAUCCUUGUUGGAAACGCCACCAAUGGAAGAUCAAUUACAAAGACAUCUAUUGUGGCCAGAAGUAGAAAAACUUUACGGACAUGGUUUUGAAAUAACGUGCCUCGAUGUUUCUCCAGAUCAGAAACUAAUUGCAUCUGCUUGUAGAUCGAAUAAUGUCCAAAAUGCGGUUAUAAGAAUAUUUAGUACAGAAAAUUGGUUGGAAAUAAAACCAGCCUUACCGUUCCACAGCUUAACGAUAACAAGAUUGAAAUUUUCUAAGGACGGAAAAUUCCUGCUGAGUGUUUGUAGGGACAGAAAAUGGGCACUUUGGGAAAGAAAUAUGGAAGACAAUACUUUUGAAUUAAGAUAUAAGAAUGAAAAACCACAUACAAGAAUUAUUUGGGACGCAGAUUGGGCACCAUUAGAGUUUGGUAAUGUCUUUGUCACCGCCUCCAGAGAUAAGACUGUCAAGAUCUGGAGACACCAAACGGAACCAACAGAUGAUUACGUCAUGGAAGCAUCCAUUAAGCAUAGCAAACCUGCUACAGCUGUCUCUGUGCAUGAUGCCAUGGUGGGAGACAAGAUUUUAAUAUCGGUGGGGCUCGAAGAUGGUGAAAUCUAUUUGUACAGCUAUUUUUCCGGCAACUUCGAACUAAUAUCACAGUUGAAAGAGGACAUAACGCCAGCAGAUAAGGUUACAAGAUUGAGAUGGUCACAUUUGAAAAGAAACGGUAGAUUUUAUCUAGGCGUUGGAAGUAGCGAUUUGUCUACCCGUGUAUACUCUUUAGCAUACGAAUAG